CCAGGUUUGACUAGACGUCGAACACCGUACUUCGCUCAUUACAUCUAACACCAUGCGUCCUUCGUUUGCACUUGCUGCCCUUAUUCCGGCCGCUGCUUUUGCGGCAACCUUCCAGGUCAAUGUUGGUGCUAAUAAUUCGCUCACGUUUGACCCUCCGAGUGUCACGGCCGCGACAGGCGAUACUGUUUCCUUCACUUUCCAGAAUAAAAACCACACGGUAACGCAAUCGACGUUCGCCGACCCUUGCACACGCAUGACGACACCAAAACUGGGCAUCAGCUCUGGGUUUCAAGCUGUCCCCCCGAAUGCUACCCAGUUCCCUUCGUGGAGCUUCACGUUGGAAGAUUCCACCCCCUUGUGGUUCUAUUGUGCUCAUGAUACUCCGGUGAACCACUGCCAUAUGGGUAUGGUGUUUGCCGUCAACCCAACGGCAGACAAGACCGCUGCAGCAUUCCUGGCCGCCGCGAAAGCUUUAGCUACAGAGGCAGACCUUGCACAACCCUCUGGGGGUCCUCACGCACACCCCUCGGGCUCACCACCUGGGCCACCCCCCGGUGGACCUCACGAUGGCGGUCCUGGAAACGGCGUGCCCGGGAGAGAGAGUAGCGUUGCGACUGCCCUUGCUGUCGUUGGUCUUCUCGCCGGCCUGAUGUGGUAGAGCUACUUGGGGUAUCCAUUGAAGGGGAUUGUACAGCAUAAUGUAGCACUGGGCGAAAAAAUGACAUUAUCUACCGUUU